UCAAUAGCUCUCAACAAGAAGUCGCAACGAUCCAGACAAAGACCCGGCCCCCACCACAAACCGAGCUCAAACCAAUUCUUCACCUUCCCCUUGUCUUCCCGGAAAUCCUUUAUCUUUUUCUUCCCCUCCCUCUCCCUAAAGCCAACACCGAUGGACUCUAACCGAGAACCUCAAGAAUUUAUUUUCCGGUCGAAACUCUCCGAUAUUUACAUCCCCAAACAUCUCCCAGUCCACACUUACUGUUUCGAACGCCUAUCCCAGUUCAGUGACCUUCCCUGUCUCAUCAAUGGCGCUAACAAUGUCACAUACACUUACGCCGAGGUGGAGCUCGCCUCACGUAGGGUCGCUUCUGGCCUCCACCAGCAGGGCAUCAAACACGGAGAUGUAAUCAUGCUUUUACUCCAAAACUGUCCCGAAUUCAUGUUCGCGUUCCUCGGCGCAUCCCACAUCGGCGCAGUGAUCACGACCGCUAACCCUUUUUACACGCCAGCUGAGAUAACAAAGCAAGCACGGGCGUCAAACUCUAAACUCUUUAUUACUCAAGCUGCGUACGUAGACAAGGUGAAAGACUUCGCAAAAGAAAACGACGUGAAGGUCGUGUGCAUUGACUCUCCGCCGGAGGGCUUCUUGCACUUCUCCGAGCUGACCGAAGCUAACGAGAACGAUAUCCCGGCCGUGAAGGUCAACUCGGAAGAUGUAGUGGCGCUCCCUUUUUCGUCAGGGACGACGGGUCUUCCAAAAGGGGUCAUGUUGACGCACCAGGCGUUGGUCACUAGCGUGUCACAACAAGUUGACGGCGAAAACCCAAACUUGUACUUUCACAGCGAAGAUGUGAUACUGUGCGUCUUGCCGUUGUUCCAUAUAUAUGCGCUCAACGCCGUUUUUCUUUGCGGUAUGAGAGUAGGAGCGAAGAUUCUGAUAAUGCAGAAGUUCGAGCUUGUAAAACUGUUGGAGCUUAUUCAGAAAUACAAGGUCACGAUCGCGCCGUUCGUUCCACCGAUUGUCUCGGCGAUCGUGAAGUACCCCGAUGUACAUAGGUACGACAUGUCGUCGAUUCGAAUAGUGAUCUCAGGAGCAUCACCCUUGGAGAAGGGGUUAGAGGAUGCCGUUAGAACAAAGCUGCCUAAUGCCCAACUUGGACAGGGUUAUGGCAUGACGGAGGGAGGAGCGUUAUCGAUGUGCCUGGCAUUUGCAAAGCAACCAUUCCCCAUAAAAUCAGGUGCAUGUGGGACCGUCGUAAGAAACGCUGAGAUGAAGAUCGUUGAUCUAAAAACCGGUGCUUCGCUUCCCCGUAAUCAACCGGGAGAGAUUUGCAUCAGAGGUAGCCAGAUCAUGAAAGGUUAUCUUAAUGACCCGGAGGCUACGGAGAGGACCAUAGACAAAGACGGAUGGUUGUACACCGGCGAUAUUGGAUUCAUCGACGGUGAUGACGAACUCUUUAUUGUUGACAGAUUGAAGGAAUUGAUAAAGUACAAAGGGUUCCCAGUGGCCCCCGCCGAGCUCGAAGCAAUGCUGAUCGCCCAUCCUAACAUCUUCGAUGCCGCCGUUGUCCCCAUGAAAGAUGAGGCUGCAGGUGAGGUUCCUGUAGCAUUUGUAGUAAAGUCAAAUAAUGGCUCCAAAAUCAAUGAGGAUGACAUCAAGAAAUAUAUUUCAAAACAGGUUGUGUUCUAUAAGAGAAUCAACCGAGUUUUCUUCACAGACGCAAUUCCUAAAGCUCCAUCAGGCAAAAUCAUAAGGAAAGACCUAAAGGCAAGACUCGCAGCAGGUAUUGCAACUGAUCAAAUGGACGCGAUACGAAGCUAAUUAGUUUCUAGCAUCCAUUUAUUUUUUCCAUUGCCCUUUUGUUUUUAUUUUGGUUGUUCUGUGGAAAGAACCACUUCUUUAGGGUCCAAAACGGAGUGAUAUAGGGUUUGGAUUGGGUCCAGUUCCGACUCGUUCUGUUGUACAAACCCAAAAUAAAUGGUCUGUGUUCGCGCCAGUUUAAUAAAUUAAUACUUUUGACUCGUUUC